AUGAAAAUGCUAACCAAAUUUGAAUCCAAGUCUUCGAGGGCUAAGGGUGUCGCUUUCCAUCCUAAAAGACCUUGGGCAUUGGUUUCAUUACAUUCAUCAACAAUUCAAUUAUGGGAUUAUAGAAUGGGUACAUUAAUUGAUCGAUUUGAAGAUCAUGUAGGCCCCGUCAGAUGUGUUAAUUUUCAUCCAACUCAACCAUUAUUUGUUUCAGGUGGUGAUGAUUAUACAAUUAAAGUUUGGUCAUUAAAUACAAGAAAAUGUAUAUUUACAUUGAAUGGACAUUUAGAUUAUAUUAGAGGUGUUGCUUUUCAUCAUGAUUUACCAUGGAUAAUUUCAUGUUCAGAUGAUCAAACUAUUAGAAUUUGGAAUUGGCAAAAUAGACAAGAAAUUGCAUGUCUAACUGGUCAUAACCAUUAUGUUAUGAGUGCACAAUUUCAUCCAACUGAAGAUUUAAUUGUUUCUGCUUCAUUAGAUCAAACUGUUAGAGUUUGGGAUAUUUCUGGUUUACGUAAAAAACAUUCAGCACCAACAAAUUCAAGAUCAUUUGAAGACCAAAUACAAAGACAACAAUUGCCUCAACAAGAUAUAUUUGGAAAUAUCAAUGCAAUUGUUAAAUAUGUAUUGGAAGGUCAUGAUAAAGGAGUAAAUUAUGCUUCAUUUCAUCCAACACUUCCUUUAAUUGUUUCAGCUGGUGAUGAUAGAGUUGUUAAAUUAUGGAGAAUGUCAGAUACCAAAGCUUGGGAAGUUGAUACUUGUAGAGGUCAUACUGGUAAUGUUUUAGCAGCAAUUUUCCAUCCACAUCAAGAUAUUAUAUUAUCAGUAUCCGACGACAAAACAAUUAGAGUCUGGGAUUUAAAUAAAAGAGUUCCAAUUAAACAAUUUAGAAGAGAACAUGAUAGAUUUUGGUUGAUUGCAAGUCAUCCAACUAUAAAUUUAUUUGCAGCAUGUCAUGAUCUGGGAGUUAUGGUUUUUAAAUUGGAAAGAGAAAGACCAGCAUAUUCUAUAUUCCAAAACAAAUUAUUUUAUGUUAAUGGUGAAAAACAAGUUCAAUCAUUUGAUUUUAAUAAACAAGAAAAUUCAUUACCAAUGCUAUCAUUAAAAAAAAUUGGUAAAACUUGGUCAUUUAUGAGAACUUUGUCAUAUAAUCAAAGUGAUAACUCAAUUUUAGUUGUUCAUGGUGAAGGUGAUCAAUCAAAUUAUGCAUUAAUUACAUUACCAAAACAUGCAACUGGUGCAAUUGAACCAAAUGAUAUUAGACAAGGUGAAGGUAAUUUUGCAGCAUUUAUUUCAAGAAAUAGAUUUGUUGUUUUCAUUAAAAGUUCAAAAACUUUACAUAUUAAAGAUUUAAAUAAUAAUGUUACAAAAACUAUUCAAUUAGAUUCUUCAAUUAAUGAUGUUUUAAGUGGUAGUGGUGGUAGAAUUUUAUUAAUUAAAUCACAUUCAGUUAUAAAUUAUGAUGUCCAACAAAGAAAAGAAUUGAGCGAACUUUUAGUAAAUAAUGUUAAAUAUGUUUCAUGGUCAAAUGAUGGACAAUAUGUUGCAUUGUUAUCAAAACAUACAAUUACAAUUGCAAAUAAAGAUUUAGAAUUGAUUACAUCAAUGCAUGAAACAAUUAGAAUUAAAAGUGCAGCAUGGGAUGAUUCAGGAAUUUUAUUAUAUUCUACCCUUAAUCAUAUUAAGUAUACUUUAUUAAAUGGCGAUAAUGGUAUAAUUAAGACUUUAGAAAACACAUUAUAUAUAACUAAAGUCCAAGGCACAUUAGUUUUCUGUUUGAAUAGAGCUGGUCAAGUCGAAGUUGUUAAAAUUGAUCCAACAGAAUAUAGAUUCAAACGUGCAUUAGUUAAUAAAAAUUUUGGUGAAGUUUUAAGAAUUAUUAACAACUCAACAUUAGUUGGACAAAAUAUAAUCGGAUAUUUACAAAAGAAAGGAUUUCCUGAAGUUGCAUUACAUUUUGUUCAGGAUCCAGAAACAAGAUUUGAAUUAGCGUUAGAAUGUUCAAACUUAAAAGUUGCACUUGAACAAGCUCAAAUUUUAAAUAACCCUCAGAUUUGGAAUAAAUUAGGUGAAGAAGCUUUAAAUCAAGGUAAUAUUAAAAUUAUUGAACAAGUUUACCAACAAUUACAUUUAUUUGAUAAAUUAUCAUUUUUGUAUUUAUAUAAAGGUGAUAAAGAAAGAUUAGAUAAAAUGAGUAUAGUUGCUGAACACAGAGGUGAUUUAAGUGCAUUAGUUCAGAAUACAUUAUAUAAUAAUGAUAUUAAGAAAAGAUGUCAAGUUUAUAUUUCAUCCGGAAUGUUACCAUUAGCUUAUACCUUAGCUAAAUCAAAUGGUUUAGAUGAAUUUGCAAAGGAAAUUUUAGAACAAGCUGGUGUUUCUGAAAAAGAUGUUGAAUUACCUGAAUUAGGAGAAGCUAUUGAACCUCCAAAACCAAUUGAUGAACCAAUUACAAACUGGCCAUUAAAAGAAUCUUCAUUGACAUAUUUUGAAAAUGCUUUAUUAACUGGUAAAGUAGAAAAUUUAACAAUUGAAGAUGAAGAAAAAUUUGAAACACCAGAAGAAAUUGAAUUUGAAGAUGAAGUUGAAGAGGAAGAAGAAGGUGCUUGGGAUAUAGAAGAUGUUGAAUUACCAGAAGAAGAAAAAGUUGAAAUUGAAGGUACUGGAAUUACUGAAGUUGAAUAUUGGUUAAGAAAUGCAAAAACUCCGGCUUCUUAUGUUGCUGCAGGUGCAUUUGAACAAGCAUCUUCUUUAUUAAAUAAACAAUUGGGAGUGGUCAAUUUUGAACCAUUGAAACGAAGAUUUUUACAAGUUUAUGGAGCUUCUAAAUUAUAUUUACCAGGUACUGAUGAUUUACCAGCAAUGAAAGAUUUUAUAAGACAAGAUGCAGAUGAAGAUUCUCCAAAUAAGUUUGAACCGAUUAUACCUGGUUUUGAAUCAUUAGAUGAAUUAUUAUCAAUAGGUUUUAAACAAUUUAGAGCAAAUAAUUUAGAAGAAGCUAUAAAAACAUUUAAAAAUUGUAUUUAUACAAUAGCGGUACUUACAGUUGAAGAUGAAGAACAGGAAGAUAAAUGUCAAGAAAUUUUAGUAUUAUGUCGUGAAUAUAUUCUUGGGUUAUCAACUGAAUUAGCUAGAAGAGCAUUACCUAUUGAUCAAGUUAAACGCAAUUUAGAAUUAGCUGCAUAUUUUACAAAAUGUCAAUUACAAAAUCCACAUAAACAAAAUGCAUUACAAGUUGCAAUGACUCAAUCAUUUAAGAAUAAAAACUAUGCACUGGCUUCAUAUUUUGCAGAACAAUUGAUUAAGAUUUCAAAUGGUCCAAAAGCAGAACAAGCUCAAAAGAUAAAGACUAAAGCAGAUUCAGUAAGUGCUGAUUCUAUUGAAAUUGAAUUUAAUCCAUACGCUGAUUUUGAAAUUUGUUGUAAGAGUUAUACACCAAUCUACAAAGGAGAAUCAUAUGUUGAAGAAGCAUUGGUAGGUGCUAAGUAUAAACCAGAAUAUAAAGGUACAGUCUGUAAUAUAACCAAUAUAACAUCAAUUGGUUAUCCAGCUUCUGGCUUAAAAAUUAGAUAG